UAAGCGACUCGGAAAAGUGAAAAAUCGAAACUCUUGUCCAGACGUCUCCUUGUUAAACCAGUCCGUGUCCACCAGGUUUACACUGAAAAGUCGGCUUAACAACCCGGGCCUUUUAGGACAAGAUACUGUGAAUAUGGCAGAAGGAAAUCCAAAGGAGCCUGGAAAUGUUGCCAAUGGAGAAGAUUCUGCAGAGGGUGCCAGUGAGAAUGGCGCUGCUUCAGGUGACCAGCAACAAUUCCGUGCUCAGAGCUUAGGUCUCCGCAUCCAAAAGAAAUGGGCGGGAAAACUUGCCAAGAAAGAUGUGGCUAAGAUCUUCAUUGAUGACCAGACGGGCCAUCUUUUAGAUGUGCUCUUCUCUAUUGCCAAGGAUUACAGUGGAAGCAAGGGACAGGCCGAAAAACUAGUGAAACACAUGAUCAAAAUGCCUAUUAAAAUAGGAAUUCUUUAUCGCCACAAUCAGUUCAAUUCUGAUGAGUUAUCCCAGGCAGAGAAUUUCCGAGAGAAAUUCCAUGUGGCCGCUCGGACUUUUGUGAAAAUGUAUGAAGGGAAGAUGACCUUUGAUGCACAAGUUUUGGCAAACAACCUACGUGAAUGUCGGGAUAUUCUCAAGCUUGUUAUCAACAACCACCUUACUCCCAAAUCCCACGACAGACUUGACCAUGUUGUCGCUUUCUUCGGGGAUCCAGAAUUCCUAACAGCUGUUUUCCUGAAAGAUGGGCCGUAUCGCCAGCGUUUAGGGGAGAUUGUCACAGAAUGCCACCAGUUGAUGGAUCAAGGGAUUUUGUAGGCUGAGAGUUUAACAGAAAAUAUGCCAUAAAUGACUGUUAACUUUCAAAUUACCUUGACUGCUUAUGUGAUUCCUACUGUAAGUCCACUUAGAGACUCUCAAUUCCGUGUUUUCCAUUGGAACCAUGCCAUAGUAUGGUAAUCAAUGACUUGAUCUUUUCAAUGUAGAAAAUUACCAGUCUUUCAUAGACAUAAUUUUGUAACCAUUAAAAAUUGUAUUUCUAUAUAGCAUAUGUGGUGCGCAUACUGUAUACCAUAGAAAUAUAGGGUAGCCUUUUUUUUUUGUUUUUUGUUUUUUGUUUUUUUUUUUUGUUUUUUUUGUUUUCCAACCACACGCUGGCAAAGGCAUGUUCUAAUUUUAAGAAUUUAUUACUCAAAAAUAGAGUGUCUGUAAAAUUAAUUUUCCCCAUUGAAAAGAUUGAGCCAUUGGCAUCAUGUAUAUUCUCCCUUAGUAACAUGGUUCUUCUCCAGCAAUUUUUGGAAGUUUUCAGAGUGUAUAUUUUGAUUCAUGUAGUUGUUCUUUUAAUUAGGUAAAGAAUGAAAAUUAAUUCUUACGGAUGGUACAUUGUAUGACUUCCAAGGUUGAUGAAGACUGGGAUAAAGAUGAAGCAGUGGAGCUAACAACAUCUGCUGAUACAUGGUGUAUGUACUAGGGUCUCAGCAAGUGUCCAGUAGUAGAAUUCAUUUUCAUUCUUUUUGAGAUUAUUUAUGGUAUACUAUUUACGUGUGAUAAUGUCCCAAAGUAAUAAUCUCUAUGUCUACAUAUCCUGCAGUGCUACUGAUCUUUCUCAAUUAAGACUUAAAAAAGGACAAAAUCUUUCCAAUAAAGAUUCCUGAUGUUGAUAUUUUCUGAAAAGUAAAGGAAAACGUGGUUAAAGUGCCAGUCAAAAAAAUUGCAAUAUUUAUUAAAUAGUAGUAAACAUUUAAUCCAGGUGCAGGGAGGGGUCAAGCAAUGAUUCUUGUGUAUGAGGAAAUAACCUUUUUAUUUCAAGGGAAAAAUAUCAUUUGAUAGAAAAAUCUGGAAUAGGAUUCCUUUAACCCACAAAGCUUUUCAUGAGAGUAAGUCUGAAAUCUUUAUUUUCUCACUUGAGAUAUGAAAAGAUAAAAUUUAACAAUGGGGGGAAACAUGUCAGGGAGAUUAAAAAAUUAUGAUGGGCCAACAUGAAUGAAUUUAGACAAUGACUAUCAGUACAUGUAUACGAUACCCACCAAUUUUCUAUGUAUUUGCUGUUACUAAGCAACAAAAUGUGGUUGUUUACCACAGAUCUGACCAUGAUCUCUUGUUUUUCCUUUGGUAGAGAUGCUUUUUGCUUUUAAUAUUGAUUUUUUGUUUUAUAUAUCUAUUCAUUUUUUUCUAAUGCAGUUAGACCUGUAUAUGAAGUCACUUGGCUCUCUGAUAUUCCAGCAAAUAUCGCUAGAACAUAUACCACCCCACAAUUUCCAUUUGAUCACUGAACUUGGGAUAGAAAUCUCUCAACCCUUUCACAAUAGUCACCAUUAAUAUUUUAGUAUUUAGACCAAAGUACUGUACACAUGUAAAAAAAAAAGUGAAUAUGCAAAAAAAAA